GUAACCUUGUAGUUAACAUCGAAACCACGGAAACCGCACCUACUAUUGGCACCAUCUUGUCAACUGAGAAAGUACAAGAAAGGAGCACCGAAAGUGCCUUGAUAACUAAUCAACCAACCUUAGAGGUUACAAGUAAUACGAAAAAUGAUUUGACGUCUUCGCCAACGACUACAACCAUGACAAACUUGUCACCAGCACUCGUGGAAACUGGUUCCCUUCCGUGUAUCAGUGCUGGAGUUGGCGAAGGCAUUGUCAUCAUUAUUCUAAUGGUGGUUGUUAUUGCGUUAAGUCUACACAUCCUCCAGCUACGAAAGACGAUGAACGAUUCAAACUGCGCCCAGCAGACGCAGCCUCGUGAUGCCGGUCAGUCCUCAAUGUCGACCGACAAAGAUACGGGUUCGAAUCAUGGUUUUGAGGACGUCAAGGAGGCAGGCUCAUCGCAAUCACCCGACGGCGAGGUUCAGGAUUCCUCGAAAAUAUAUGAACAAAACCAUGACAGUGCAUUGGAUCCCAACAAUAGCAUUCAGCUGCAACAUUCUUGCACGAUGUCAAAGAGUUGUUCACGCAUAUAUGUUUAAUGUAUCCUAAUCUAAUUGUAAAAAAAUACAUGGAUUGCACAAAUUUUGUGCUGCUUUAGCAAAAUGACUGCUGCAGCUAAUGAAUUGUUUCAAAAUGUAGGGAAAAAUGUAAAUAUGUAUAUAUAAAACAUUGGUAUCAGUGUUGACUGGUAAUCAUUAUCUCGUUUUUCAUAUUUGGCAAUUUAUUUUUCGUUCUUUAAUCGUUGUUAUGCUCUACCUUCAAAAUUUAGAUUUAGUUUAUUCAAAUUGUCAAACUUGAUUCUCAA